UAGGGGUUUUAGCAACGUCUUACCCUGAAGCGUGGCGGAUGGGGAGAGCAAAUGAAGGAACUUAAAACCUCCAUCUCUACCAAUUUGUUCGCCGAUUCUUCAAAUUUGAGGUGAAACUCCAUUGCAGUAAACGCCAUGGGAGGCACAGGAAGAACUCUCCUCUCUCUUUCAAUCUCCACAAACCUCUUACUCAUGUCUCGUGUUUCGCCUCCCAAAUGCUUCCCACUCCUCAAAAUUCCGAAACCCGUCAGAAUUUUCUCAGGAUUUAGGCCUCUUUGCUCUGCUACCGCGGACACGACCCCUACCGAGUCCAUGGAAACGACCCAAGUGAUUGAACCCUUGAAGCACUCUCUUCUGCUCGAGAGGCUGAGGGCCAGGCAUCUCAAAGAAUCUGCUUCUAAAACUAAGCAGGCGAGAAGUACGCUGUCACCGUCUGUGGGAGGUGCUGAGGAUGAAAUGAACAAGGCGGAGAAGAAGAAGAAGAAGAAUUUGGUUGAAAGUUUUGAGGAACUGGGGCUGAAUGAGGAGGUGAUGGGGGCUGUGAGGGAAAUGGGAAUUGAGGUUCCGACUGAGAUUCAGUGCAUUGGAAUCCCUGCUGUGUUGGAAGGAAAGAGUGUGAUUCUGGGUUCUCAUACUGGGUCCGGCAAGACUCUGGCUUACUUGCUACCCCUUGUUCAGUUGUUGAGGCGGGAUGAAGAAUUAUUUGGUAAAUUAAUGAAGCCCAGGCGUCCUCGAGCUGUUGUGCUAUGUCCCACGAGGGAACUAUCUGAACAGGUUUUUCGAGUGUCGAAAUCUAUCAGUCAUCAUGCACGAUUCAGGUCUACCAUGGUAAGUGGUGGUGGUCGGCUAAGACCACAGGAGGACUCGCUAAGUAAUCCAAUAGAGAUGGUGGUUGGGACUCCAGGACGAGUUCUUCAACAUAUUGAGGCAGGCAACAUCGUGUAUGGUGACAUCAAAUACUUGGUUCUGGAUGAGGCAGACACUAUGUUUGAUCAUGGAUUUGGACCUGACAUUCGCAAGUUUAUUAGCCCGUUAAAGCAUCGUGCCUCAUCACAUGAAGACCAAGGAUUUCAAACUAUACUGGUUACUGCAACAAUGACAAAGGCAGUUCAAAAGCUGAUUGAUGAGGAGUUUCAAGGCAUUGUGCACUUACGCACAUCAACGUUGCAUAAAAAAAUUGCAUCUGCUCGCCAUGAUUUCAUCAAACUUUCAGGUUCUGAAAACAAGCUGGAGGCAUUAUUGCAGGUUCUCGAACCAAGUUUGGCUAAAGGGAAUAGGGUAAUGGUGUUCUGUAACACUUUAAAUUCCAGCCGUGCUGUAGAUCAUUUUCUUGGUGAAAAUCAAAUUUCUACGGUCAAUUACCACGGAGAAGUGCCUGCACAGAAGAGGGUCGAGAAUCUCAAGAAGUUUAAGAGUGAUGAUGCAGAUUGUCCCACAUUAGUCUGCACAGACCUGGCUGCUAGGGGUCUGGACUUGGAUGUGGAUCAUGUUAUCAUGUUUGAUUUCCCUUUGAAUUCUAUCGACUACCUUCAUCGCACUGGAAGAACGGCUCGUAUGGGUGCAAAAGGAAAAGUGACGAGCCUGGUUGCGAAAAAGGAUGCUAUUCUGGCUACUCGCAUAGAGGAAGCGAUCCGGAAAAACGAGAGCUUGGAAUCUCUCACUGCAGAUAACGUCCGGAGAGACAUUGCCCGUGAUCGUAUAACCGAGCAGAAAACAAAAACUGCGAAAUUGGUCAGGGUUUCAAGUGAGAAAAGCAAAGCUAAAUCAUCAUCAGCAGCAGCAACAACAAAAUCUUCAAGUAUCCGUUCACAGGGUUCAUCUGGGAAAGCACCAUCUCCAGCAAAGUCUCAGAAGUCCGCUGUUCGGGUUUCUAAGUCGGUAGAUUCGUCUAGGAACAACCCGAGAAAACCAUCUUCAGGAUCGAAGAAGCCAAUGGCUAGUAGCAGAAGGCGGCCUGGGAUCGCCAUCAAAUCCACGGGUCCGAAAUGUUUUGAUGAGUAUAAAUUAGUUUCAACCUUACCAAGUUUCUCUGCCAUCAAUCAAUUUCCCUAGAAAUGUAAUUUUGCUGUUUUAAGUGUAUAUUUUGUCUUGAGGAGAACAAAUAAGUUUCAGUUUCUACCAA